UUUCAAGCAUGCGUCAAUUUCAAGUGGCCUAGAGCGGAAUUCCUAUUAGCCAAUAACAUAUCACCACGUCACGUACUCGCGGGUGUCUCCGUCAUCCAAAAAGCUCCUCCCUCGCUUUUCGCGUUGCUUCCAUCGGAAAUCAGCUCGUUUUCAGAAUGUAUUAUCUUCUCAACUGAAAGCGCCCCGAGAAAGGCUUCUGAGAAUCGACGAAGUCGAGUAGAACAAUGGUGGAGAUUGAGCCGUUGCUUGCAAACCGCGCCGCCGGCGAGGAGCCUCGGAUGGAAGCAGCGCCAUCGGCGAGAGAAAGAAGGCUGCUCGCGUGGCCUCGCUCGAUGUUUUCCGCGGCCUCUGUGUUCUCAUUAUGCUGGAUCAAUUUUCCCAAUAAUUGGUCAUGCCCCCUGGAAUGGGGUUCACUUGGCAAACCUUGUGAUGUCAUUUUUCCUUUUUGUUGCUGGCGUUUCUGUGGCAAAUGCAUACAAGAGGAUAGCAAUUGGAUAUGUUGCAGCGGCAUUGUGUGAAAUAUGGCUUCCAGGUCAAAUGUGGAGAGGAGAUCAGCUAUCCAGAAAUCAUGCCCGGCAAUGCCUGUAUGUCCCGGAUUGGCAAUAUGAGUUGCAGUCUGAUUACCCUCUUGUAACUGCUAAUAACAGCGACCCAUGGCCGACUCCCCGAAACUUCACCCCCAUGGUGUCAUGCUCCUUUAGAUCCUCAAGGCAUUUUGAGGUGAGCAAGCAUAAUAUUUCUAUUCUUUCAGUGGUGCCUGGGGGAAUUAGGUUCACUCACGGAGUCACGGGUCGCACGGCCGGAAUGAUAUAUGAACGGCUAGAAGUAAACGGAUAAGACGACCGUUAGUCUUGUUGCAUAUUCAAAAACUCAACGUAUAGCGAAUUUUAGGGCUCCACCAACGGAACAUUCUAGAGAUGCAUCCGAGCACUCCCAGCAACUUCUCUCACUCCAUACUUUCGAGUUUUGAACAGUGAAUAUAUUUUUCAAUCUUUUCUUACAUUCUAUUUCUCAAAAUUUAGUAAUUACGUUUUAUUUUAUUUCAUAUUCGUGGUAAUCUCAAUAAUACAUUUUCG